GGGGCACGCAGAUGACGGAGGCUGGGGUGGUAAAGUGCUGGGCGGUCAGGUUGCCUGACUAGCUGGUUUGGCGUCAGGGCCGCGAAGGAGGGCUCCCGGUCCCGGGCGGCGAGUUCCCUCCAGCUGGUCGCAGUCAUAGUGUGACCCCCAAAACUCGAAGACCCUCAGCCGGGCUUGCUUAAGAGAAGACGCGGCUGCCCAGCACUUGGGCCCCAGGCGUCCCUUCCCGCUCCUCUGUCGCUCGAGAACCGCCGGGCUGAGUAGCUGGGAGAGGAAGCAGGCCAGAGCCGUCUAGGGCCUCGGGCCCGGGGACCCCUGGAGGAUGAGCUGGCUCUUCCCCCUGACCAAGAGCGCCUCCUCCUCCGCAGCUGGGUCCCCCGGUGGCCUCACCAGCCUUCAGCAGCAAAAGCAGCGCCUGAUCGAGUCCCUUCGGAACUCACACUCCAGUAUAGCUGAAAUACAGAAAGAUGUGGAAUAUAGGUUGCCAUGCACCAUAAACAACCUGACAAUUAACAUUAAUAUAUUGCUCCCUCCACAAUUUCCUCAGGAAAAACCAGUGAUCAGUGUUUAUCCACCAAUACGACAUCAUUUAAUGGAUAAACAAGGAGUGUAUGUUACCUCUCCAUUAGUAAACAAUUUUACAAUGCACUCAGAUCUUGGAAAAAUUAUUCAGAGUCUGUUGGAUGAGUUUUGGAAGAAUCCUCCAGUUUUAGCUCCUACUUCAACAGCAUUUCCAUAUUUAUAUAGUAACCCAGGUGGGAUGCCUCCUUAUGCCUCUCAGGGUUUUCCAUUUCUUCCUCCAUAUCCCCCACAAGAAGCUAACAGAACUAUCAGUGCUUUAUCUGUUGCUGACACUGUUUCUUCUUCAACGACAAGUUAUUCAACAGCCAAGCCUGCUGCACCUUCAUUUGGCAUCCUUUCAAAUCUACCGUUACCUGUUCCCACAACAGACACUUCAGCACCGAUAAGCCAAAAUGGUUUUGGUUACAAGAUGCCAGAUGUCCCUGAUGUAUUUCCAGAACUCUCAGAACUAAGUGUGUCACAGCUUACAGAUAUGAAUGAACAGGAGGAGAUAUUACUAGAACAAUUUCUUACUUUGCCUCAACUAAAACAAAUUAUUACUGACAAGGACGAUUUAGUAAAAAGUAUUGAGGAGCUAGCAAGGAAAAAUCUCCUUUUGGAGCCCAGCUUGGAAGCCAAAAGGCAAACUGUUUUAGAUAAGUAUGAAUUACUUACUCAAAUGAAAUCUACUUUUGAAAAGAAGAUGCAAAGGCAGCAUGAACUUAGUGAGAGCUGUAGUGCAAGUGCCCUACAGGCAAGAUUAAAAGUAGCUGCACAUGAAGCUGAGGAAGAAUCCGAUAAUAUUGCUGAAGAUUUCUUGGAGGGAAAAACUGAAAUAGACGAUUUUCUCAGUAGCUUCAUGGAAAAGAGAACAAUUUGCCACUGUAGAAGAGCCAAGGAAGAGAAACUUCAACAGGUGAUAGUAAUGCACAGCCAGUUUCAUGCUCCACUAUAGAUUUUCCUGAAAGCAUGAACUGCCAAGAGACGAACGGGACACAAAACUAAGCACAUUUAUAUUUAUGAUUUGCAAAUUGGUAUUUCAUCACAGCAGCUGAAUUCAUAGAUACACUAUAUAGAUUAUAUACAGAACUGAGACUGAUUUUGUACAGAUUAGAAUGAUUGCUAUGAUCUUGGCUUUGAGAAAUUUUUCUGUACUAUUUGCACUAAAAAUGUUUAUUUAUUAUUGAUAAAUCCUAUCAUAUUUAAGUUCUACUGCUAUUCCUCUCAUUAUUGGUUAAAUACCUAUGCAUGUAAUUUUAGCUAGUUUCAAUAUUUUAUAAAAUUACUUCACUUAAA